AUGUAUCGAAAAACACAUGAUCGCCUAAGCGUGUAUCACGCAUGGCACAUAACUGAUCUAUCUAUCUAUCUUCACAUUUUUUCAUCUAUCUAUCUAUCUAUCUAUCUAUCUAUCUAUCUAUCUAUCGCAAGCUAUUCAUAUUCACCUAUCUGUCAAUUCAUUUCUACGGGUCACAGUCUGUCCAAAUCUAUCUAUCUAUCUAUCUAUCUAUCUAUCUAUCUAUCUAUCUAUCUAUCUAUCCCAGUCUGUCCAAAUCUAUCUAUCUAUCUAUCUAUCUAUCUAUCUAUCUAUCUAUCUAUCUAUCUAAUCCAUUAUAUUCACUUACGUGCUAAUACCCUUGGGAAAGUCAUGUAUCGAAAAACACAUGAUCGCCUAAGCGUGUAUCACGCAUGGCACAUAACUGAUCUAUCUAUCUCGGUCUAUUCACAUCUAUCUAUCUAUCUAUCUAUCUAUCUAUCUAUCUAUCGCAAGCUAUUCAUAUCUACCUAUCUGUCAAUUCAUUUCUACGGGUCACAGUCUGUCCAAAUCUAUCUAUCUAUCUAUCUAUCUAUCUAUCUAUCUAUCUAUCUAUCUAUCUAUCUAUCUAUCUAUCCCAGUCUGUCCAAAUCUAUCUAUCUAUCUAUCUAUCUAUCUAUCUAUCUAUCUAUCUAA